AUGGCUCACAGGGGAGCCUGUGCCUGUGACAACGAUUCGGGAGAUGGCGCUGGAGUUCUAACAGCAAUUCCUGAUCUCAUGUACAGAAAAUCCAUUAAGGAACAAGACGGUGUCGAACUUCCACCUCUUGGACAAUACGCCACUGGAAUUUUGUUCCUCCAUGAGGAUUCCUACAAACAAGCAAAGGAAGCAUUUGGUGAUUUGGCGCGUGCAUGCAAUGUUCGUGUCAUCACCUGGAGGAAAUUGAGCACAAAUCGUGACUCUCUAGGGGCCGAAGCGAAGAAAACGGAACCCUUAAUACGUCAGGUGCGAAAUUUCUUUUAG